AGGAGGAACCAGAACCUCAUCAGAUUAAAGAGGAGGAAACAGAACCUCCUGACUUUAAAGAGGAAGAACCAGAACCUCCUGACUUUAAAGAGGAAGAACCAGAACCUCCUCACGUUAAAGAGGAGGAACCAGAACCUCCUCACGUUAAAGAGGAGGAACCAGAACCUCCUCACGUUAAAGAGGAGGAAUCAGAACCUCCUCAGAUUAAAGAAGAGGAACCAGAACCUCCUCAGAUGAAAGAGGAGGAACCAAAACCUCCUCAGAUUAAAGAAGAGGAACCAGAACCUCCUCAGAUUAAAGAAGAGGAACCAGAACCUCCUCAGAUGAAAGAGGAGCAGGAGAACAUCAGUCAGCAGCUGGUUCUGGAUCUAGAAACUGGAAUCUUUUCUAUCAGGACCACUCUGAAUGGGGAGCAGCUGGACCAUCAGCUCAGACGCCUGAAGACCAUCAGGAUGCCUGUAAUCAAGUUGGACAGAAUGGACCUCCAACAGAAACAAGUCUAUAAAGACAAGGAGCCAGAACCUCUUCAGACUAAAGACCAGGAGAAAACAGAACCUCCACAGAUGGAAGAGGACCAGGAGGACCUCAGCAUCAGUCAGCAGCUGGUUCUGGAGCAGGAGACUGAAUCCUUCAUGGAGACUUGUGAGGACAGGGACCACAGUGACCCAGAACCAAAGAGCCAGCAGCUCCUCUCUCAUGUCUCUCCUAGAACUGAGAGUCCAAAUCAGAAAGAAAACAACAAUGAUGUCAGAUCUUCUGGGUCCAACAGACAGUCCAGGACUGAGUCUGCUACAGAGUCUACUAUUUGUGACUUUGGUGGAACAAGGUUUGAUAAUGAAAGUGAUGUUAGGCUCCAUCAAAAUACUAGCACAGGAGAAAAACCACAUGUUUGUACAUUUUGUGGCAAAAGUUAUAAAUCAAAAUUCAUCUUAAAGCAACAUAUUACACUUCACACAGGUGAGAAACCGUAUUCCUGUGAAACAUGCGGGAAAUGUUUUACUUAUCAUAGUUCGUUGACAUUACACAUGAGAACCCACACAGGUGAGAAGCCUUAUUCUUGUGAAACAUGCGGGAAAUGUUUUACUUAUCAUAGUUCGUUGACAUUACACAUGAGAACCCACACAGGUGAGAAGCCUUAUUCCUGUGAAACCUGUGGGAAAUGUUUUGCUCAACGUAAUUCAUUGACUGUCCAUGUGAGAACCCAUACAGGUGAGAAGCCCUAUUUUUGUGGAACAUGUGGAAAAAAUUUUACCAGUCAGAUUGUUCUGACGUCUCACAUGAAAAUCCAUACAGGACAGAAACCCUUUUCCUGUGCAACAUGUGGUAAAUGUUUUAGGGAUCGUCAUCAUUUGACCACUCACACAAGAGUCCACACAGGUGAGAAGCCUUAUUCUUGUGGAACAUGUGGAAAAUGUUUUUCAUAUAGUCACAAUUUGACGUGUCACAUGAGAACCCACACAGGUAAUAUGUUUUCCUGUAAAACUUGUGGAAAAAAUUUCAUUGCAAAGAAGACUUUGACCCAGCACAUGAAAACCCACACACGAAAGAAGACCAAUGUGUGUGUAACAUGUGGAAAAAGUUUCAGUGAUGUGAAUCGUUUGAUCCUUCACACGAGAACCCACAUAGUAGAGAAGCCCCAUGUAUGUGGAUUAUGUAGAAAAUGUUUUUCAGAACUUGACAGUUUGACUGCUCACAUGAGGACUCACAUUGAGGAGAAACCCUAUUCUUGUGGAACGUGUGGUGAAGCCUUCAGUCUGUAUGGUUAUUUGAUCAUGCACAUGAGAAGUCACACAGGAGAGAAUCUGUUGCAGUAAAACUUCUGCUCCUGACUGAUCUGUUCCUGCUGGAC